CUUCGCUUGAGGCCUUCAUCUCCUCAUCACCGCCGUCGUAUACCUCACCUUCAAACCUCAACGAGCCCACCUGCAAUUGAGCACGAUCGAGACUCCCGUCGGCAUCGGACCCCUACCUUUCCACCAAAACACCAAAAAAUAAAAUCAAUAGAUACUUAUCCCUUCACCAUGUGUGAUUUUGUCGGUUACUAAAUGGCUUUCUGCACCAGUGCAAGGCCCACGAGUCUUGAUUUUGAACAUCCCAUCACCUUGUGGUGAAGCACCACUCACCCGGUUUUCGACUUUGGCUUCAUUUCUGUCCCCCACCCAACUACGAAACGACGCAAAACAUUACAGCUCUACUACCUACCUACGACCUAUCUAAUUACAGCAAUACAAUACCCACUCGAUCUUCUCUUCUUGUUCGCAUUUGGACCCCCUACUCGACCUCGACCGACACACCGAACCCACCCCCUUCAUCAUACCGCACUUCUCCCCAGAUGGACGAUCCGACCGGACCAGGAUGGACAUGGCCUUACUGGAAGUUUGGCUUACAGAGAGAGGACCUCGAGACUAAGCUCCACGAUCAGUACAACACCUUUAGCCUCGCCAUUCUCGACCCCGAGGCCUUUCACCAUGACGUCUACGAACUAGCACACAGGGCCACCACCGCCGAUGAGUUACAUCAGCUCCUUGCCGAGCGGAAGCAACUCCGCGUUCGCGAACUGAACGAGUCUCUUGAAUCUGCAGCAUUCGAGAUCAUUGGAAACCCUUCCCUGAUUGGGACCGAUCAGUGGCAGCACGCUGUCCAGCUCUUCCGAACAAGGUCGCUUGAUUCGCUUGUUCGAUACUUUGCAUCAUACCUUCCCGAGCAACAUCCCUGGCACAAAUCCGCCGAUUCUGGCUCCGUCACCUCCAGCAGUGCCGAUUCCUGCCCCUCUCUUUUCGACGAUGAGUACUACUGCGAUCCGAUUUUGAUGACAGAGGAGCCGCUCGAAAUUGCGGAUGAGGAGUCCAUUGUUAAGGACCAUCUGCCGCCGUCUCCGCGCUCCAUGACCAUGUGCUCGAGCUCGUCUGUAGAUUCCCAUGCGGAUGGCUCUCAACCGGACUUCGCCCUUACCCCAGCCCGUACCCUCUCCUACUCCGAAUACGAAUCCGACCAUUUGGAAUCGUCCGCCUCUACACUCUAUGACGUGUCGGAGGUUACCACACCUGCUCCUGAGCAGCAGGAGGAGGAGGAUGCCACUCCCGAAGUGGCAUCAGGAAAGGAACCCUCGGAUCAUCCCACGGACCUCUCGAUUACUUCCGAGGCAGAAACGCCUACCCCGAAACCCGAGCAUCAUGCUGCAGCUUUCUUCGAGCAGACGAAGCCAUCAUUGCCCUGUCGACGACACCGGAGUCUUUCACCAUCAUCUGCGCGUCCUCUCUCUGGUCAGGAAACCCGGAGUAGCAUGCAGCAACGUGAUCCCAGGAAGCCAGAGCUGCCGACUCACCGUACCCAGGUGGUGGACGACGCAGCUCGCCGUUGGAAGGAAACAGGAUACAUGAAGAGGCUUAAGCAGAGGAUGUUGAACCCCUUGCAAAGAGGAAGGAGUCUGGGGAGGAAGACACAGACAAGUAGUUCUAGUCGCGUCCACAAACCGUCAUCGGAUAGGACGAGGCUCAGGGGACGGAAGAGAAUUGAUAGUUAGCACAUGGCAGGGAGUUUUUGGCGUUUCGGAGCCUGAGGGCAAGGUGGAUGGGCCUACUACCGAUACCCCUGUACAUAUGUCCCGUGACUGUACAUAUCUGCUCUUCGAUUUUUCAUGGUAAAUCCCUUUUAUUUCAGUACAAGCGUGGCGACGGUCCUUGGUGGCCGGCGCUGGUAGUUUUUUUUCACGCCUUUGAUUUGGUGUUCGA